AUGAAUAGAGAUGAAGAAGUAUUAAAUUAUUAUGAUUAUACUAUUAAUAGAAAUCCUGAUAAUGCUUAUAAUAAUGAGGUAAAAGGUAAAUUUAAAAGAUUAAUAAAAGUUCAAAAACUUUAGGAAAUAAAAAGGAAUAGUUUAAGAUUAGGCGAUUAAUAAUCUUGA